CAGACAUGCACUCGCACACACACGGAACACACACAGACACACACACAGAGAGAGAGAGAGAGAGGAAGGAGGGGAAGAGUCGGCCCACGCAUGCAUAUCAUAUGGGCCUAUCCUGUGUAUGUAUGUAUGUUAUGUGUGUGAGUAUAAACACCGCAAGCACCGCACCAGGUGACAGACAGAUCAUAUCAUAUCGAUGGUAUAUACACAGAAAAGAGAAACGACCCACACCCACUCACCUCACUCCACCCACGCACCCACACCCAGUGAGUGAUCGAACGGCGGGACAGUGUGUGUGGGUGUGUCCAACUAAGCAUACAUACAUACAUACAUAUGUGUGUGUGUCAGUGCGACAGCCACCCACAUAAAUCGACGCGACCUCAGCACCGUCCGUCUCUCUCUCUUUCCUAUCCGCCCGCCUGGUGCCCUGAUGGACAAGCGAACGAAUCGAUGGACCACACCACACCACACCACACCAGACAAACGAAGCAGUGCGGUGCUGUGGAUGGAUGUGCCCUCUGAGAUGUGACGGAUGUGUUAUGUUGUUGGCUUGCCUUCUGACUGCGAAUAGAAUUUGGACAGAGUCUGCGAACCAAACGACACGCACACAGACGUCUUGUUGUUUGAGCGAUGCUCGCACUCCCUCCCUCCCUCCCUCUCUCUUUCGUGUGUGCUGUCGGUGUGUUGAUUACGUCUUCGCUCUUGAGGUGCUUCUCAAAGGAGCUCAAACGGUCCCUGUGAGCAAUCACAGACACAAACCAACAGACAAACAAGUGUGUGUGGCCCAUGGAUGGAUGGAUGGCUGGGUGGCUGAGUGAGUGGCUUACAGGAGCAGCUGUGUCUUGUCCUUCUUGGUCUCGAGAAGUCUCUUGAGGUUGACCACAUAGCUGUCGACAUCCGAGCCGGGCUUCUCGACGUCAUUCAACAGCUUGAACUCCUGUGUGAAGGGAGGGCGAGUGGGUCAAGUGUGUGUGCACGUGCAGUGGGGAAUCCUGUGUGCAUCUGUGGGUACCUACCUGCUGAAUGAGCUCCACGAAGGUGUCAAGGUCCUCUCUGCAGACAGACAGACAGAGAGAGAGAUUAGUGCACUCAUGCUGCCGAGUCCGGCUGGCGGUCGCUGACUUGUGGUACUUGAUGAGCUCCUCCUCCUCCUUCAGAAUGGUGUCUGCUCAUGCAAUCAAUCGCAUGCGUUAAGGGAUGGAUAUAUGCACUCAGACGACGCGUGUAUGAUGCAGGUGUGUGGCUGACCGAUGAGCAUGUCGUGCGCCCUCGCCAUGGUGUCACGGUCAGCCUGACAGACAGACAGACAGACCGACAGACCACACACAGCAUAGCACGGAGAGAGAGACUGAAUGAGUAAAGGUGGCCUCACUCACCAACCCACCCACCCACCCGCCCCACCGCUGACAGACCGACCUUACCUUGGCGCAGUCGAUCCACUCGCCGCCCACGCGCACCAUCGACUCGGGCCUGCCAGCCGUAUGGCUGUCGUUCCCUCCCCCACCCGCACCGCCAGCCGCCCUGCCGGCCCCUGGUGCUGCGGCAACAAACCUCGACUGAAGGGGGCCUGGGGGCUCACGAGGGUACACCUGAUCUGUGCGUUAGUGUGGAUGAAUGGAAGGAUAAACAAAUGGAUCGACGGACGGUCGCGCAUGCGGUUGGUUGCAUCGCUCAUUAAUGCAUUGACAUCACUGGCUGACUGACCUUUUCUCCGAGCGGGCGACGGGGGCCUUGGCGCAGACACCACCGGAGCACCAGCACCACCCAUCGCACCGAUAGCACCAGCAGCACCCUUCCACUCCCUGUCCCUCCCUAACGCACUGGCCGACACACUACUGACACUACUGACCACACCCACACCCACUGGCCGGCCGCCCUGCCUGCCGCCGUCCUUGUCCCUCUCUCUCUCCCUCUCCUUGUCUCUGUCCUGCUGUUUGGCCGUCUGCGGUCUGGGGAGAAGCGACGGGAUGGAUGAAGGAGGAGGCUGCUGUGGUGGCUGUGGCUGUGGCUGUGGCUGUGCCUGUGAGGGUGUGGACUGUGUUGGGGGCCAUGACGGCUUGCUCGUGGUGCUCUUGGGAAGGGCGGCUUUGGGUUGGGGGGCGUCGACACUCACUGUCUGCAGGGACUCCUGAUUGACAUACCAUACACGUACAGAGGGGAGCGAUCGAUGGCUGGCUGGUGUGGGUGGGUGGGGUCUGACUACCAGCAUUUCGUCGGUGUCGUCGUCAAACAUGACACCGUCCUGAUGACAUUUGCGUCGAACACACGCGCAUCGACGUGGAUGAAUGACACAGCUUCAUAUAGCCGUAUACAUAUCCCUCACUCACGUCGUCGUCUCCUCCUUCAUCCAGGUAGUCGAAUCCCUACACGUCCACACAUACGGACGCAAGGAACAAAUGUGAUCUGUGUGCCAGUCUGUCGUCUGUCUGUCUGUCUGACUGUCUGUGACUGACUGACCACGUCAGUGGGCCCAUCAGCACUGCUCGGCAGCUGCCCACGGCGCAAUUCCUUCACUCUGGUUGGUUACAGAGAGAGCCACGGUCGCGUGUUUGUUGUUUCUAUGGGCCUGCCCCAUCCCUCCGAACCGCCACAGACCUGUAAGCAUAUCUGAGUGUGUUGAGUGUGUGUUCGCAUGAUGCGGCGCUGGGCGAGAGGUUGGCAAUCAUGACGGUCCGACAGUUGCCGAUGAACGAGUCCUUCAACACCUGCGUGUCAUCCAUCCAUCCAUCAAGGGACGCCUUCAUUCACGCAUACCUACCUGUGUGAGCUUGGAUCCCCUGAAGGGCUGGUGCGUCUUCUGCUGGUCGAGUGCCCGGAUGCACUCCUUCAGGGCCAGCAGCGACUUGUUGAUCUCUGCACCGUCCAUGCUGCACACGCACACACGCGCACACACAUAAACUCAUAAACGGUAAACGGCUACACGAUGCAUCCAAUGACCCACCGUGUUUGCCUGUCCUGGUCAAUGGUGUCGGCGCCUGGAAGGCACACAAUACAAUACAAAACAACACGACAAAACACAUUAUCUCACAUGUGUGUGUGGUUGCCGUCCGUCCGUCGUCUCUCACUCACCCCUCUCGCUGCCCGCCAGAUCGAUAAAGGACAGCUUGCCUGCACGUAGAACGCACCAUACAGACAGUCAGUGUUGGAUGUACAACGGUCGUCUGUCUGACAAACCAACCGGUACCUCGUCAGUCAGUCUGGUUUGUUUAUUUCCCCCGCUCAGCUCACCGUGCAAUUUGUGUUCCCUCUGCUCCUUGAGUGCUACGACCAGAAUGGCGUGCGAUCGUGACGAAUCGACGUUGGCACCCGUCACACCUAAACACACAACCACACGCAGGACAUUAACACGUACACACACGUGCGUGACUGACUGUGUGAGACGGUGAGUGGCUGAGUGAGUGAGUGACCUGUGGUCCUGGAGGAGAGUCCGUAGUCGAUGUGCGCCAUGAGCUCUUCAACGCUGUUAAUGCACUCCUCCUUCAAACCUGACAUGGAUACACCACACACACAGACACAUCGACCCAACGACCAAGGGAGAGAGGGAGGGAGGGAGGGAGGGACGAAGGGAUGGUUUCACGCACCCGUACCGCCCUUGGUCACUCACUCACCGCAUAUGACGACCUUCUGCUUGGAGUUCUCGCGCGCCUGAAGCAGGUUCCUGCACAUACAUACACACAUACACACAUACACACAUGCGAAUGAAUCGUCAGGUGUCAGUCAGUCAUUCCGGCCUGCAUGCCUUUGGUUGAGGAGGUCGAAGAGCUUCCCGCAGUAUAUCUCGUAGAAGGCCACAUACACCUCUGAUCGAUGAAGGCGCACACACAUGCACUCACACUCAGCCACGCACAUGUGUGGGUGGAUGGAGCGAGGGAUGGGUGCAGUGCACAGCUGGCAUCCAGCGGUGUGACCUAUGGCGUCUGUCUUGCGGUGCGGUACUUACGCAGGUUGUAGUACUCGGCCCUUGACAGCUUCUUGAAAAUGUCCUGGGCGGCCAGAAGGAACAGACCUGAACCAACGAACCAAACCAACCCCCAUGGUAGAUGCACAGACAAACACACGAACGACGUGACGUCGGCCACGGCCCACAGGCGGACCUGGCGUCGUCUCGCUUGAUGCAGGGUCCUUGCGCGGCGGGCCCAUCAUGGUGUAUGUCUUGCCGCUACCUUCACGCACACACACACACACACAUAUCCAACAAACAUACACGACGGAUGGACGGAUGGAUGGAUGGAUGGAUGGAUCUGUGCACAGAGGUACCUACCGGUCUGGCCGUAUGCGAAGCAAGUGCACUUUGCCCGUUCGGAAAAGACGGCAUCGACCAGCGGUUUGACGCAGGACUGAUACAGCUGCACAACACAAAACAAGCGUAUGUAUGUUAUGUAUACACACACGGGCGAGCAGGUGUACGUACGUACUGAACCCAUCAUAUGUAUAUGUAUGUGUAUGAUGGGACGGACGGACGGACCGACCGACCUACCGACCUGUUCGUUGGACACACUGUCGUCGAAGCACUGGUCGAAGAUGAACACAUGCUCCUCCGUAUACCUCGUCAGAUCGACCUUCAGCCUGCGUACACGCACAUACGACAUGUAUGAUGCGCAGUGACACCUCUGUCGCCCUCCCUCCCUCCCUCCGUCGAUGCCUGUUUGGCAGCGACCGCUGUCUUACUUUGGCUCCCUGACGACGAUGGAGAAUUUGUCCCUGCAGUCGAGUACGUCAGGCUGGUUGGUCUGGGUCUCCUUCUUGUUCAUGGGCCGCUUGCGCACCACCACCUUGAUGCGCGGGUCGCUGCUCGACGUGCUGCUCCCCGCCACCGCCGCAUCCACUAUGCCCGUCGCAUCUUUGCUGACCCCGGCGCCGGUCGCACUUGUGAGGGCCGCCUGAGCCGCGGCCGACAGGGACGAACUCACUGUCGACGGCAGCAUUGACUUGACGUGCCUGUCCGCUGCCGCUGCCUGCAAGUCAACAUCAUGUCAGAGAGGUGGCAAGCGUGGCAUGCAAUGCAGUCCUUUUGUGUUUUGGUGUGUCGUGGUCCGUGUGGCUUUGACCUCAAGUACUUUUGCGAUGGUAGGAUGCGAUGACGCUGUGCUUGGAGGCUAACGGAACCAAAAGAACAGAUCUCGGCUUCUUCGAAUUGCGAUCGCUGCGAGCUCACGCUUCAUCCGCUCUGACAUGCUGCUAAUAUCACCCAU